CUCGUGUAUGCGUGGAACACUGACUGGGAACUCAUCACUUGAGGGCGUGCUUCAUAUUUCUUCGCAAAUCCUUAAAAAUGGCUGCGUCCACAACAAUGGACAUAAAGUCACAGUUGGAACAAGCAACACUCGCUGGCAAAGAAUUUCAUAAAUUGUUUUAUGAAAAAUUUGACAAGAGAAGAAAUUUGCUGAAUAAGUUGUAUAUGGAUACAGCUACGAUGGUAUGGAACGGCAACCCGUUAGAGGGAGGUGAAGCCAUCAUUAAGUUCCUUGACCAGUUACCAACGAGUGAACAUACGAUUGACUCCUUGGACUGUCAGCCAAUACCAGCUGCCAUCACACAGGGCCAGACAACAGUGAUGGUCAUCGUUGGUGGGUGGGUCAAAUUCGAAGGCAACAAACGAAACUUCCAGUUCACAGAAAACUUUAUGCUCACGCGGACUCAAGCGGGCGUCUGGAAGAUCGCAAGCGACUGCUUCAGGUACCAAGAGUGACGAGAAUGUGGUUGUUCGUAAGAUGCUUCUUCCGUUAGGAAAGUUGUAUGGAUUGGGUUUGAAGUAUACGGCAGGCGAAGACAGGAACAAGUGUGUAACAUCAGAUUAGAGAUUGUCUUCUUGUAGAGUAAAGAGCGUGUGCUUCGGGUACCAGGAGUGACAUAUCAUAUAGAGGAGGAUUCUUCUGCAAGGAAAAAAGUAUGAGGGGUUUGAAGUCUUUGACGCCAGAAGAUAAAAACAUGUGUGUAGCAUCAGAUGAGAGAUUGUCUUCUUGUAUAGUGAGGGGAGACCGGAGUGUGUUGCAAGAUGUACAUGUACCUAGGAUGGUUCUCAUUGGAGAGGGAUGGAAUUAAACAUCAAAUCUCGACCUUCGGAAUAUUUCAAAAUUCAUAUCUUCAAAAAUGUGCUGUCACACUGUAGGUUUGUUUUAAACCUGGAAAAGGGAAUAAUGGUGUAUACAAGUUUACUAAACAAUGACAUCAGAGUUUGACCAUGGCUGGCGCCUGCUGGCCCAAUGCAGGCAUGUGAUUCCGUAGGAUUUGUCCACUAGGUUUUACCAUGGUAACCUGCCUGGAUUCAGUAAUCAAUAAUAUUGGCAGUUCACACUCCGAACAGAUUGGGCUUCACUCCAUCCUAAAAUCUAGACUCUACCGUUGGCUCCCUAAAGUUAUUUUAUUAUCGAACAAUUUCUUCCUGUAGCCCAUACCAAGAGUGGCUUUUAGCCCUUGUUUUAGGGAAAUUUGCAUAAAUUGUUUUAAAGGGAGGGUACACGUUUGG